AUGGGUGUAGAUGCUUUUAUAGCUGUGAUGAACACCACGGCUGAGGUUGUGCGUGAAACGACAAUUGCGACAACACGAGCAAUUGACCAUUUAGGAGAAAGGAAUGAAGAUCAUAACGGGGGACACAAUGGUGAGUGUGGUGGAGACGGUAAUGAUAAUGAUGGAGCUAGAAACCACGAUAACCCUAUGACACUAGCAACCUUUCUGAAGGUGAAUCCGCCCAAGUUUAAGGGGACACUUGUUGCAACUGAAGUUGACAAUUGGUUUCGUGGUAUUGAGAAGUCAUUGCGAGCAUCUAUUCGUGAUGCUAAAGAAAUAGAACUGAUGCAGUUAACACAGGGAAAUAUGUCAGUGGAAGAAUAUACUCGAAAAUUUGAGGAUUUGUGCCGAUUUUUGAAGAUUUGUCAGGGAAACCCAGAAGAUUUUGAAGAAUGGAAGUGUUUGAAGUACGAAGGAGGACUUCGCAACGAGCUGAUGCAUUUAUUGGUCCCAUUGGAAAUACAGAAUUUCACAGAGCUUGUCAAUAAGAGUCAGCUGAUCGAAGACUCUGAACAUAAGAUGGCAACGUCAAGGAUGGGUCAUUGA